CGGGGCGGAGGAGAGAACGAUAUGGUACAAUGCAAAUUUCAACCAAGGUUUCACUUACUAACAUUAGAACAAUUCAAAAAUUCAUCCCUUGAGGUCCUUACUUUCACUCUGCUCUGUGUCCUUCUCCUGAGCAGAACUGCCGCCCUGCUGAAGGCUGGAGAUGGAUUCAGGAGGAUCCCCUGACAUCAGGAUGUUUGCAAUGGUCCAGAAUAAGGAGCUAUUUUGUGAAAUAUUUUUCAACUACUUCAAGGAAAAUAAAGUGGAGAUAGCAACUGCAAUAACAAAGCUAUUUCCUUUCCUAGAUGGCCUCAGAGACCGCUCCUUUAUCACCGACAAAAUCUAUGCUGAUUCUCAACAAGCUUCUAGAAACUUGGUUCCUAUAGCCAGAGUGGUGUACCAUGUUCUUGGCCACCUGGAGAAGGUGUUUGAUUGGUCACUUCUACAAGCCCUGUUCAGCAAAGUUAACCUGAAGGAGUAUCCUGGUUUGAUACCGAUUUAUAGAAGCUUUGAAAAUGUGUUCCAAGACAAAUAUUUUUCCCAGAAAAGUAACACAGAAGGGAGGCAAAAAAUGUCCAUCACGCAGCCGAGCCACGAGCAAGGAAGUGGUGAAAACUCUUUCCUACAAAGACUGACCUGGCCACAACACUCAGAUCCCUGGUCUUCCAACGGAGCCAUCCAGUCUGGAACUAGAACUAGAACCUUGAAACCUCUCUGGGAUGUGAAGCCAACACAUAUAAAGACAGAACACUCAAUCUGCAGUCCAGUGAAGGCUCUUGAACCUCAACAAGAAAAGUCUGACUGUGCCCCAGCAGGUGCUGGUGAAUUCAGUGUUCUCCAAAUGAAAAAAGAGGACGGGUUGGAAGAGAUGGCCAGCCUACCAUCCUCGGCCAGCCUCGGUGGACGAGGGGCAAAGCGAUGCAGAUACGAGAAGCUGGUGCAAACGUCCCUUGUGUGUCCGGAGGACCAGCAGAAGGCGAGAACUGUGCAGAACCAAGCGAGUGAAAUCAUAGUUGUCAGCAGUGAGGACUCGGGAUCCGGGGAGGAGGAAGAGCCCCAGGGUCCGCAUUCAGAAGCAAGACUCAGGCCGUUCUUGGUCCAGAGUCAUAAACCCCUGGCAUUCCUGAUGAGAAGAGCAUCUUUUUAAAAACCAGCCUCAGGAUUAGAGGGUUAGACCUUUCAGCCCCACUUCUCGACCUCUGGGGAGAGGAAAGGAAAGGAAGAUCGAGCACAUCAACAAGAGCCAACGACGCAAUGUCACGCCUGCACAGUGAACGCUCAGAAAUCCCCUGAGCAACUGGGCUGGGGCUUCCCAGCCGGCGAAGACACCCACGUGCUGGGAGCUGAAGGCGCAUGCGCCGCUCCUCCCCCUGCGGCCCCCCCCCCCCCCCCCCCUGCCGCGCUCCCCCUGGCUCCACGCAGCUCCACCAUUUGGUCGUUCUGGAGUUGUUUUCUUUAUAAU